AUGGCGGGCGCGAUUCGACAGCCCAUAGACAUCAAAUCGCUCGAAAGCUAUCUGGAGAGACAAGUUCCGGAAAUCAAGACACCACUUGAUGUCAAGCAGCGAUACGUCCUACGCAAGAAGCCUCCAGGCAAGUUGCUAUCAAAAACCGCACACAAAGUCGACCGAGAGUAUAGGAUUCUCCAUGCUCUCGAGACAACAGAUGUCCCGAUUCCCAAGACGUAUUGCUUGUGCGAGGACGAUGCCGUUGUUGGCACAGCUUUCUACAUUAUGGAGUUCCUGGACGGCAGAAUCAUCGAAGAUCCACUUCUACCAGAUGUCAGUCCCGAGCAUAGGACAGAGAUGUGGCGGUCUGCAGUAACGACUCUAGCCAAGUUCCAUCGCGUAGCUCCAGCUUCAGUAAACCUUGCAUCCUAUGGAAAGCCGAACGGCUUUUAUGAUCGUCAACUUGCGACAUUCAAUACGAUUCAGGAUGCCCAAGCCAAAGCUGUUGACGUGGAAUCGAACGAGCCUGUAGGAAAGAUUCCACAUUUCGAUGACAUGGUUACUUUCUUUGGCAACAAAGACAGUCAGCCUCAAGAUCGCAGCACCUUUGUCCAUGGUGAUUACAAGAUUGACAAUGUGCCACUGACGAGUGCAGCUNGGGAGAUGUCAACGAUAGGUCACCCACUGUCCGACCUGAGCAAUCUGCUCACUCCAUUUACUACUGCAGAUUCACCCGUUGCUCGAUCAAUCGGAAGAGGAAGCGAAACGUUCCUCCCUGGCAAUACGCCCGGCCUGCCGACAAAGCAACAGUGUAUUGAAUGGUACAGAGAAGUCGCUGGAUGGGACCCGCGCCCAGACAUGACAUGGGGUGAAGCAUUUGGAGUUUACCGGAACUGUAUUAUCAUGCAAGGUAUUGCUGCGAGAUAUGCCCUCCGCCAGGCAAGUAGUGCUCGGGCAAAGGAGUACGCAGUACAGAUGGGACCCNUUGCCACAGUUGGCUGGGAUCUGGUUCAGCAAUGUCAAAGAGAACGAGUUAAGCAGAGCAGCAAAGCCAAGCUGUAA